AUGGAAAAUCAACAUUUUCUUAUCCGUGGCAGUCUUAUCGGCGGCUUCGUUAUCGGUGGCAUAGGUUGUUGUUUUUAUUAUAGUUCAAAUGAACAAACAGUUACGCCUUGGGAUGUGGACGGUAAUGGUCGAGCCAUUGAUUAUGAUAAGCUUAUAAAAAAAUUUGGAACGAGACCUAUUGAUAAGGAACUUUUACAAAGGUUCGAAACGUUGACUGGAAAGAAAUGUCACACUUUCUUGAGAAGAGGGAUUUUCUUCUCACAUAGAGAAUUCAACAAAAUACUGGAUCGUUACGAGCAAAAUAAGCCUUUUUUUAUUUAUACAGGACGCGGUCCAAGUAGUUCAAGCAUGCAUCUUGGACAUAUGAUCCCUUUUAUUUUUUGCAAGUGGUUACAAGAUGUUUUCGAUGUACCAAUUGUCAUUCAGUUAACUGAUGACGAAAAAUUUAUAUUUAAGCCUGGAUUGACAUUAGAAGAAACGCGCAAAUAUGCCUAUGAUAACGCCAAAGAUAUUGUUGCAUGUGGAUUUGAUCCAGACAAGACAUUUAUUUUCGCAGAUACUGAUUAUGUCGGAGGUCCAUUUUAUCAUAAUAUUGUAAAGAUCGCGAAAAGCAUCACAAACAGUCAGUCAAAGGCCACUUUUGGUUUCGUUGAUAGUGACUGUAUUGCCAAAACUCAUUUUGUUGCGGUACAAGCUGCACCUUCAUUUUCCAAUAGUUUUCCACAAAUAUUUGGAACUCGAAGUAAUAUUCCUUGUGUGAUUCCUUGUGCUAUAGACCAAGAUCCAUAUUUUCGAUUGACGCGUGACGUCGCGCAAAAACUAAAAUAUCCUAAACCUAGCCUUAUUCAUGCUAAAUUCUUCCCAGCUCUUCAAGGUUCUCAAACGAAAAUGAGCGCCUCACUUGACAAUUCUGCAAUUUUUAUGUCGGAUACGCCUAACCAAAUUAAAAAAAAGAUCAACAAGUACGCUUUCUCAGGUGGUCGCGAUAGUGCUGAGGAACACAGGUUAAAAGGAGGCGAUCCAGAUGUUGACGUUGCUUAUCAAUAUUUAUCAGUAUUUUUAGAUGACGAUGAAGAAUUGGACGAAAUUAAAAAGAAAUAUGUAUCUGGAGAAAUGAUGACCGGUGAACUUAAAGCACGUUGUAUUCAAGUAUUACAGAAAUUUGUUGAUGAAUUUAAACAAAGGAAAUCCGAAGUAACUGGCGAAAUAUUAAAGAAGUUUAUGGAUCCAAAUAAAAAAAUUGUUGUUAAUGAAACCUGA